GCAUCUUCACACCGACAUACGCCGUCCUGCGGCUUACUCUGUUGCAGGGACUGCGGGCUCGCGUGUGUUCAAAUGAUCUUGCAAGCCUCGGGCUUUCCCCACUGCGACUAUCGCAUCCUCCGGCAGUUCUGCUCUACGACCAGCAUUUGGACGGUGGACCUGGCACACCUCCUUCGUCGCUUCGGUCUGGCGGUGUCGUUCUUCACGAUCACCCUAGGCCCUAACCCUGCCUACGCCGAUGAAUCGUUUUACAUGGAGAACAUGGAGGACGACGAGCGGCGGGUCAGCCAGCUGUUCAUUGAUGCGGCGCACGCGGGUAUUGUCGUACAGCAGCGCUCUGUCAGCAGCGAGGAGUUGCAGGCCUGGAUGCUCUCCGGCAGUUGUCUCAUCAUUGUGUUGGUGGACAAGAGGAAACUGGACCCCUGGCUGGCCGCCGCGGACAUGUGCCUUCCCGCGCUGUGCGGCAUGGAGCUGGGCUACAGCGGCCACUACGUCCUGCUGGUGGGCUACGAAGCAGCCUCGCAGGAGUUCGUGGUGCGGGAUCCCGCCGCGCAUCAAUCCGAGCUCCGAGUCUCCGCCGCGGCGCUGGACGCGGCGCGAAGGUCGUUUGGUACGGAUGAAGACAUUUUGGUGGUUGGGUAUUGUGGUGGUCCGCCUGCUUGUGGCGGUCGUGGUGGUGGUGGUGGUGGUGGUGGAGGGAGAGGCAGGGGGGCAGGAGGGGGAGGGCCGGACCUCCGUGUCGCCGCAACUCAUUAA